AUUCAACUGGGAAGCUAUCCCGCCCUCCCUUUCUCGGCAGGGCGCGGGAGGCGCUUGCCGCUCCGGCCCCUCCAGGUGUGCCAGUGAAAGAGAUGAGUAGGCGCAGGAAUGAGGGAGGGAGGGAAGGAAGGGGCUACAGGAAAGAAAAGGCAGGCAAGAGAGACUGAGGGGAAAGCUGGCAAACUUCUGGCUGGCUCCCCUAUUGUUUGACCAGACUGCUGCUGAAACGCAGACCCAAAGGAAUUAGCUCCUCACUGGAGAGGCUGAAGUUGGAUUUAGGAUAAUCUGAGCUUCCCAAAAAGCAGCUGUCCCAGGAACUCUUAUUGAAUUGAGGGCAAAACGCCAAAAGCAGCUCACAGAAGCAGAGAUAUUUCUACCUGUGACUUCUGAGCAUGACAGGGCCUGUGGAUAUGGACAACCAGACCUCAAGCCUCUCAAAAGUGGAGGAGGAGGAAAGUAUCUUGUGGGAGAAGAUUGAAAGUGUGCGGCAUCAGCUCACCCGAUCUCUAAACCCAGCCAAGCUGACGCCAUACCUGCGCCAAUGUCGUGUGAUAGAUGAGCAAGAUGAAGAGGAGGUACUGAGUGCUUACCGGUUUCCAUGCAAAAGCAACCGUACAGGACUCCUCAUGGAUAUUCUUCGAAGCCGAGGGAAGCGGGGCUAUGAAGCGUUCCUAGAAUCCUUGGAGUUUUAUUAUCCCGAACAUUUCACCCAAUUGACAGGGAAGCAGCCUGUUCAGCGCUGUUCUAUGAUCUUGGAUGAGGAGGGGCCUGAAGGCCUGACACAGUUCCUGAUGAUGGAAGUGAAGAAGGCAAGGGCCCAAAGGAAAGGGCAUCUGACCAAAGAGCACCAGCUUCAGGUGAAAAACCAGGCCUUGCAGGAGGAGGUCACUCAGCUGAAGCAACAGCUGCAGGAGCUGCAGAAGGUGCAGGAGCGUUGCCGGAGGUUCCAAGAGGAGUGGAAUUCCAACAGCAUGGAGCUGCUGAGACUGAAGGAUGAGAACUACAUGCUGGCCAUGCGCUAUGCGCAGCUAUGUGAGGAGAAGAAUGCUGCUGUCCUUCGGAGCAGGGACUUGCAACUGGGGGUGGAUCAAUUGAAAUGCAAGGUGAGCAGCCUGGAGGAAGAGUGCUCUGUGCUCAAGAAACAGGCAUCCGAGGCUCCCCAACGAGAGGCGGAAGAACACAGCAUUGCAGACACCAUAUCAGAGUUGCAAGCGGAGAACCAGAGGCUCAUAGCUUCACUACAGGAGCUGCAGAAUGUGGUGCAGAUGGCAGGUGAAGGCCAGGUACCAAGUUCUGAACGGAUUCUUCUAGAUAUUCUGGAACAUGACCGGAAGGAAGAACAAGCUGACCGCCAGGAACUUUGCCAGAAACUAGACUCUGUGCAAAAUGAGCUGCAGUGGGCAGAGGAGUUGAGAGAUAAGUAUUUGCAGGAAGUGGAGCUCCUCCAGCUGAAGCACCAGACCCUGCAGAAGAACUGUGACCUGUACAAGCACAGAAUGAACACUGUACUGUCUCAAUUGGAGGAGAUUGAGAAGGAAAGAGAUCAGGCAAUCCAGAGUCGAGAUGGCAUUCAAGUGCAGUACUCCCAAAGCCUUGUUGAGAAGGACCAGUACCGCAAAUGUGUUAGGGCUUUGGAAGAGGAGAGGGAUGAGUUGCUGAGCAAACUGACCCAGGCAAAAGGCAAGAUCAACACACUGGAGGCCCAGCUGCAGCGAUGCCAUUGCUCCAGGGCCUUGGGCAAGAAGAUGUGUUCCUCUUCCCAUUCACUCUGUUCCAUCCUAAGCAGCACCUGGAGCAUUAUUGACAAGCCUUCCCUCCUGGAGGACGGAAUUAUAGAUACUUCUGGCAUCCUGGAUGUUGUCUUCCCUGAGGACUACAUAAACCAGAAAGCGGAAGUGACUCCAGACAGAGAGAAGGAAAUUAACCGCCUUUCCAUCUUUCCCUUCCCACCCUGUGCUGGCUCCAUACUUCGAAGGCAGCGUGAAAAUGGAUGGAUGCACUCCAAGAGUCAGUCUUAUGGGUCCUUUGGCAGCAUGGAAGACUUGACAGGAAGCAUUACAACAACUGUCUCAUCCGCCAAAUCACCCUCCUCUUCCAUCAGUGCGCACGCCAGGACCAAGUCAGAAAUUUGCUUGUCUAGCACAUCUGACCAGCAAGAAUUUGCUAGAAGAUCUGUUGUGGUACAGUUGCCUAGUGCAGGUCAGCUGUGCACUCCAGUGCCUCAAAGCAGGGGACUCGCCGGGGAUAUCUCCAUCCUUGGAGGAAACAGGACUGGGGUUUUUAUUCAGUGGGUGAGGCCAGGUUCUGCAGCUGAGCGUUCAGGGCUUCGAGAGGGAUGCCGGCUACUAGAGCUUAGGGAGAUGCAGCUAAAUUGGCAGGUGUUCUCUCUGGAGAAUUGUAGCCGGGAGGUAGCUUAUCUGAGCCUGUUACACUGGGAUGACCCAUCUGCCCUCGUCUUUGUGCCUGAUAUGAAAGGAUACCAGCCUCUCAAAGAGGCUCUGGAUGCUGGGAAGGAGGUUCCGGGGGACUCAUUCUAUGUGCGCGUCAACCUGACCCUCCUGGACCUUGUGGAUCCUUAUGCCCUGUGUGUCAAGUGUCGAGAGAUCCUUCACGUCACGGACACCUUGCACAAGGGUCGGCUGGAGUGGUACUGUGCCCGGGUAGACCCCUUCACCCUCCGAGACUUGGACAGGGGCACUGUGCCUAAUUACAACAGGGCUCUCCAGCUGCUGAAGCUACAGGAGAAAGGUCAGGGAGUGGCCCGACAGAAAGGCUACAGGACUAAGCUAAGAAAACGAGCCUUGGGCCAACUCCGCCUGGCGAAAUACAGACAGCAGGGGGGGCAGGGGAAUGCCUUCCUGCAGGACCCUGGCUCAGAUGGAAUUUUGAAACCCUAUAGUCCAGUACACCCUCUGGUGGUUCAGACACAUCGUCCUGUGGUGUUUUCACCUGACUUCUUAGCACCCUGGCUCAUUAGGAACUUGCUGGACGUCCCUUCCUCUCUUCAGGACUUCUACUCGUACCCAGCAGGUAAACCCAAGAAGCUGACUGAAGAACGACUCUCUUCUGCCUCCAAACAUAAUACUUAUGGGAUUUCUCAAAGCCAGAGAGAUUGUGGGAGGAUCCAAGCCAUCCAGGAGGCUAUUGGAAAGAAUAAACAUUGCCUGCUAGAGCUGAAGGUCCAGAUGGUGAGGGAUCUAAUUAAAAGUGAAAUAUAUCCCAUUGUUAUCCAUGUUGAGGUCACUGCGAAGAAUAUCAGGGGAGUCAGGAGCUUGCUAGGGAAGUCAGGGCUGCGUGAUUCUGAGGUGCUGAAGCAGUGCCAAAGAGCCGAGCAGACCCUCCACAGCCUUCCCUGUUCGUGGACCUGGGUGGAUUCUCAGUCCUGGAGCAGUGCAGGGGAGCUGGCGAAGGUGCUGAAGGCUUGCAUCUUCCAGGAACAGACCAGGAUCGUAUGGGUUGAAGACAAUGAAAUGUGACCGGCACUAAUGUGGAGAAACUAGUGUCCUCUAUGAGGCACGUACAACCAGAAUAAAUGCACAUUGCCUCUGCAGGGCAGGGGCUUGGACUCUGUGGCCCGCUGGAGUUCUUCUACACAUCCUGUGCUCUUGCCUCAUGGGAUAUGUAGGUGUUCUAGCCUUUCCUUCCCAUGGCCUGAUCAACAGGAGAAACCUCUGUGGAAAUCAGCCCUCUGUGUGGUUGCCUCCUCAUUUGUCUGAACUGAUUGACUAAUUCCUCAGCCUUUAUCCUAGUCUACCAGGCUGGCCUGCCUUCCUCCCCCAUACCCUCACUGGGUCCCUUGUCUCUCCCUCCAUCCACAUCCCAGUGGCAGGGGGAAUGGAUGUGUUCACAUUCACACACACACACAGGCACACGGACAGUCCCUUUAGCCAAAGCGACUUAAAGUGGGCUUCUGAGACAUCCUUGUCACAGACUUUAUUGCAUGUAAAUUAUUAAUGAAUAGGGUUUUUUUAAUGGAAGACCUGCAUAUAAAAGAGAAUUAAAUAGUAUUUGUAAUGGAAAA